AUGAUUGUUUUUGACAAACCUCUAAAUGAGACUCUGGAGAAGCAUGUUCGAGAUCACUGCAAUUUACAGAAACGAAUUGGUUUGUUGGGUACAGCUGGAUUCCUAAUCGGCUCUCGCGUUGGUGAAGACGUCCACGUAGCUCAUAUUGCGAUAUGUCCUUUGCCAGAGACUGCUGAUGAUCGAGCCGGGGAUAUGAGAUCGAGGCUUGUAGAUUCAGAAUGGAUUGCAGAUCAUGGUUAUCGGAUUAUUAGGCUCUUACCGGGCGGAGUCGACAUCAAUCACUGUUCUUUGCUGGUAGGGUUGCUUUGGUUAGCUGAUAAAAAGCUAUCAAUAGAACCUCGAUCGGUCCUUAUGAAAGCAUUGGCAUUAAUUAACAGAAGAAACGGUUUUACCAGCUCUUUACACUACAUGUCUCCGUCGAAUAAUAUGGCAGGUUUUGGUCAUUUAAGUUUGACAAUUUUAAUAUCGCUGGUUUGCAUUGAAACACCAUUGGGGAAACCACAGGGCUACAUUGUGGACUGUAGUCGCAAAGGAGCUGAAGGUUCACAAACUCGAGUGUCAUUUGCUCAGCUAGAAUGGAUCAGUGUACAAUCUUCUGCGACUUUUAGUUUGUCUGUACCAAUUGAAGACGUGACAACUACUACCAAUUUCUACAAGGUCUUUUGCACUGCUAUUAGUGGCUGGACGAAGAAUUUUUUUACUACUGAAACAGCUCUUGUAAAUGGAUGCAUACGUAAUGGUAGCGAACCCCUACGGUCUCGAGAAAAGAAGGGAAAGGCUAAUGUUGAUCCUGUACGAGUGAGGACGUUUGUUUCUGCAGGUGAAAGGUUUUCCAGUAGUGUUCCGUCAGUAGUGAAUUCUCUUUGUGUUGCUAAUUUAAAGGCAAAUAUAUCUGUUUCCGCCGCAGUACCAAGUAAAGCAACUGUGCAGGACGCGAUUACAGCGGUGAAACAACACGUGAUUAGAAGCUUAUGCAGCCGUGCUGUUUCAGAACUUCAUUAUGAGUGCACUGAAGUGGUGGAAGAUGAGCCAAAAGACUACACUUCUUUUCAUCAACUUCCUCGUCUUGCCUGCAUUUCUUUGCCAACUCAACCAUCCAUCAUAUUUACCGACUACCUUUUUGAGGGAGACAGUAAAAAGGACUCGCAAGAAUCAUUUAAAGACCUUUUGUCAAUCCAAGUUGACGAAGGUGAGAUUACUGAAGAAUACGAACGCCAUUUAACGGAAAGCGACUUGAUACGGUUCAGCAGUAUAGGUGAAGACAAUGAUAAGCUUCAAAAAUCUAGCCUUUCGAGUUCCAGUCAGAGUAUAGCUGCUGUUAUUUCGGUUGCGAGCCAAGGUCUUACAAUGAAUUAUAUUGCGCUAAUUUCAGUUAUUGUAGCUCUAUUUGCCAUUGUAGCAUACCUGCUGACGCGAUCGUUAAGUGAGUAA